AUGAAGAUUGACGGUAACGUAGAACCGAUUCGAGUAGUACUCCCGGGGGAACCAGUGCUGAUGGAAACCGUUUCAGGUAAUUUAGGACUUGGUCCAGGAUUAUCACGUGCCGAGGAUUCGAUAGUUUGCACGAAAGCUGGUGUUCUCAUGAAAAAAAAGGACUCCUGGUUUGUCGAGUCCGAUGAGAAAAGAUACAUCCCUGUGAGAGGUGAGAAUGUUGUCGGUAAGGUCACUGGUAGAAUGGCCGAGUACUAUCGGGUAGAUAUUGGAAGCGCCCAUCUAGCUAUUCUAUCUUUUUUGGCGAUCGCGGGUGCAACCAAGAAGAAUCGAUUGGACCUCAAUAUUGGGGAUUUGGUAUAUGCACGUAUUUCAUCAGCGAGCAGAGAUAUAGAGCCGGAGCUUGAGUGCACCGAUUAUGAAGGUAAAAGCAAAGAAUAUGGAAAGCUGAAGGAUGGAUUUCUAUUAAAGUGUUCCCUAAGAUACUGUCGAAGACUGAUGUCGCCGGAAUCGCCGAUAUGGAAAUUACUCAGAGAGAGAAUCAACCUGGAGGUCGCAAUUGGAUCCAACGGACGCGUGUGGUUUAAUUCCGGUACAACUAGACAUACUAUAUUGACUUAUAAUGCAAUAAAAAGAUCCGAAACGAUGACCGAUGAGGAAUGCGAGACCAUGGUAUCGAAGGAAUUGGAUUUUUGA